AUGGUGAAAUUAUUACAAUACUGUAAUUUAAAAUUAAUAAUUUUGUUUUUAUUUGGAUAUAUUUUAAUAAAUUUUUUUGCAUCAUAUAAAUCUUUUCCUAAAACAAAUAAUUAUGAUAAAAUAAUACAUAAUGAAAAUGGACAACAAUCAAUUUGGACAUAUGAAAUGAAACUUUUCUGUUUUAAAAUUCAACAAUAUAUUGAUAAUGAGAAAAAAGAUAAAUUAUCGAAUUUAUUAUUUAAACGUAACAUUUCAAUUAUAUCACCAAAUUUAAACAAAUAUACUAAACAACAAUCUAGAGAAAUUUCUUAUUAUUAUUCUAAUUGGCGUUCUUCACCUGAUUUACCUCGUCGACUUACUCCAUGUGAUCAUCAAUUAUAUAUAGAACUACUUCGUAUUCUUGAUCAUUUCUUUCGUCGACAUAGUAUCUCAUAUAUGAUGAUAGAUGGAACAUUAUUAGGUAGUUAUACAAAUCAUGAUUUUUUACCAUGGGAUGAUGAUGUUGAUUUACGUGUAUUAAUGCGUGAUCGUUCACGUAUGUAUACUCUUCUUCAUCAAGAAUUUGAACAUACUAUUAGAAUAUUAAAUAUUUCAAAUGAAUUUGGACGUUAUGAUAUAUUAUAUUUUCCUUGGUCACCAAAAGCUGGUAUAUACAAUUGGUCAUAUCCUAAUGUUCACAUUACUUAUUUAGACGAAAAUUCUACACAUGUUUGGAGAGAAUAUAAUGAUAACUAUUCGAUUCAUGAUUGUUCUAUUUCUAAACUUGAUAUAUUUCCACUUGUUUGGCGUCCAUUUGGUCAAAUAUGGUUACCUGCUCCUCGAGAACCUUUAGUCAUUUUUGAAUUACUUCAAUGGAAAUCAUUUGAUAAAUUAUAUUAUGCCAAAAAUUAUUCACAUAAAUAUGAACGAGCAAUACCAUUUAUAGAUGGUCGUGCACGAUUACAUCAACUUUAUCCAUAUUAUCCUUGGCAUAAAUCAAAACCACGUAUUAACAAUGGUCGUCGAACAACAGAAGAAGUAUCAACAUUAAAUGACAGUAAUCAUACGUCGAUAAAUGAUAACGAUAUUUCUUCAAGUAGUAUACAUUUUGUUGAAGAAUUCGUACCCGAACGUUAUUUAGUUUUACUUACCGAACAAAUGACUGAAAUGCUUUUUCGUUUAAUGACUUGUAAUGAAACAUCAGUAAUAAUGUCUGAAUGUGGAUUUGAUCAUCGAAUGUCAUUAGGUAUUAGUACUGGUAGUGGUAACAUAUCAACACCAAGUUCAAAUUCUACCAAUGGUCGAUCUUCAUUGCAAUUACAAUCAAUGUAUCAAUCUUGUAUUAAAUGCAAAAGAAAAAUGUUGACUAUUGAAGAAUUUCGUGAAUUACACAGUUAG